AUGGAAUUAUCGUCGACCUCAACAAAGAUCCAGAGGAGAUUUUCGCUUCUGAAGAUCCGGAUCCUUCGUCUUCGGAAAAGCCCUUCAGAACACAAGGGUUUUAAAGAAGAGAGUUUUACCGGCGUGAACGGGCGGAAUUCAGAUGAGAGAGUUCUCCUGGAUGGUGACAAAUUUGAGGUCGGCGUCAUUAUGAAUGUACAAUCUCCCAAAGUGACAUUGGAGAAGAAACGAAAGAGGGAAGAACCGAUGGAUCACAUAUAUACAGCUCAUUUUGAUAUGUUGGUUGAGAGCUUGGGCUUUCAAAUAAGAUGUCUUGAGUUCGAGUCUUGUCAAUCAUAUACAAAACACCCCCUAAAUGUGCUUAAUCUUACAUCCUUUCUCAUUUUUCUCACAUCCCAGUUGUGCCCUUACACCACCGCCAUAUUCCAUAACGGUCAUGUCGGUGGCACAAGACUACAACGACAUCGCCGUCGCCACCAUCAUCAUCAACCACCUCCGCCACUCCUCCCUCCACCACCACCACCACCCACCCUCUUCCACCUUCUCCAACUCACCGUCAUCUCAGCCCAAUAUCUAAAGCCGACCUGCUUUAAGACACAAACCUACGCACAAGCUUGGGUCGACCCAGACUACAAAGUCCAAACUCGGAUUGACCGAGUUGGUGGAACCAACCCUGCUUGGAAUGACAAACUCUUCUUCCGAGUCGACACCGACUUCCUCCGUUCAGACAUCGCCGCCGUCACAAUUGAUAUAAAGCAGGCCUCCUUAAUGGCACUCCGGCCCGACCCGAUCAUUGGGACGGCAAGGCUAGUUCUUAGCACGGUGAACCCGUCUGACCCAAUUCAUGGCGGCUCAGUUCGACGGCCGAAAUCGUUACGGCCGCAAGGGAUACUAAAUUUAGGGGUGGCGGUGUGCUCGGAAAUUGAGAUGGCAAAGAAGGAUUUUGUCGGCCCAAUGAGUUCGAGGAGGAGAGAGGACCGGGGGGCGAUGGGGAGGGAGGUCGGGAAGGAGGAGGAGGUGGGAAGGUGGGUGGUAGAUAAGGAGAGGAAGGCGCUGCAAUUGAACCUGGAGAAGUGGAGGACGGAGAUUUCGCCGGCAGCUGUGGAUCCACACAGAAAGUUGCCCCCGGAGAAGAAGGAGAAGGCGGAGGUAAGAUUGUUUGGCUGCUUUACCUGCGGCGAAAGAAGGGAUUGAGCACGAGCGGCGAAUGGUGAUUUGGCAGGUUGUGGUGAACCAAAUUCUAAAUAUUUGAGAAUUAAAUUAUGAAUAAGAUUCUGUCGAUCAA